AUGCCUUCCAUCAGCAACAUCGUCGCCGCCAUGGCCUUCGCCGGCACCGCCCUCGCCAUCCCCCAGUACCAGAACGUCAGCUCUUCCGCUGCCCCUGUUGUCAGCUCCAGCAGCAGCGCCAACAGCACCUCUGCCGGUUCUUCCAGAACCUCCUCCGCCGCUGGCGGUAUGGCCACUCUUCCCGCUCUUGCCGAGUCCGCCUACUGCCCUGGCCUCAACGGUGCCCUCGUUGGUGACUACCUCAUCCAGUGCAGCACCACUCACUUCGGUACCAUCCUCCAGGUCGGCAACGGCACCGUCGCUGUCGCUAAGCGUGCUGUCUACACCUCCCUCGGUGACUGCAUCAACCUUUGCGAGGCCACCACCAGCUGUGUCGGUACCGCUUUCGAUACCGCUGCCCGCACCUGUGCCCUCUACUCUGAGGUCGGCCAGGCCGUCGCUGCCCCCGGCACUGACUUCGCUGUCCUGACCAACCCCAACGGUACCCCCAUCUCUUCCGGUGCUCUUACCACCUCCACCAUCUUCAGCACCCAGGUCGUCACCAUCUCUAGCUGUGCCCCUACCGUCACCAACUGCCCUCUUAAGAACGGUGCCAGCGUCAUCACCCAGGUCAUCCCCGUCUCGACUACCGUCUACGCUUGCCCCUCGGCUGUUGUCGUUCCCGCUCCUGCUGUUGCCUGCGGAUGUGCUGCUUCCGCCACUGUUGUCACCCAGUACGGUCCUUCCUCCAGCGCUGGUACCGCCGUCAUGGUCCCCGUCCAGACCGUCACUGUCAACGUCCCCGUUCCCACUGCCACUGUCCUUACCACCACUGUCUGUGUCUCAUGCGCCAAGCCUACUGCCAACAUGAACAACGGUGGCAACGGAAACGGCAACAACAACAACAACAACAACAACGGUGGCUCUACCACCUCCACCGUCGUUGUCUGCAACGGUGCCAACUGCCCUGCUACCGUCACUGGUGCUUCCAAGACUGCCACCAACACCAUGGCCGUCUACACCGGUGCUGCCGACUCUGUCAAGGCCGGCAUGGGUUUCGCCGCCUUCGUUGCCGGUGCUGCCGUCCUCCUCUAA